AAGGAUUUUUUAACGGAGUAUGGACAACGCUUCGUCUAAAAUUACUCUUGAGUGCAGUGUUCUUCGGUCACAAUGACACACAUCUGAGAGGAUGUGCAAUUUGAGGGAAAACGGUUUGAAUCAUUACUGAAUCCUAGGGAAGGUGGGAAUGGCUCAAUCCUCUUGCAGUUUAAAAGCGAGUUGAAGGAGUUGGUGGCUAUCAAGCUCAGCGCUGCUACAUUGCCGGAUUGCACAGAUUGCUCCCCAUUAUCGGAGCAGCUACCAGCACGUUGCACCCCUUGAAAGGAUAAUUUAUCAUUGCUGAUCUUGAAUCGGGAGAUACAACCCCGAAUCCGAGCCCGCCCGCUCGAUAUGAAAACUAAUUCUGGAACAGACUCGCACCGCGUUCUUCGAUUUGUGAUUCUACAGUUGUUGGAGGUGCAGCGGAAGCUCGUCUUCGACAACCCCGGCCAUGAUUAGAUCACAUGAAGGAUGGCGACGUUGGGUUCCUGCAACACUGGGUUGCGGAGGAAUGUGAUCAGGUCUAUUCGCGGACAUUGAAGUCGAUCUCUCAAUGUACGUGUUAUCAAUUAGCAGUGUCCUUCUUAAGACUCACGUGCACCUAUUGCACGUCGAUUAGAUCAGAGUGUUCUGUCUGCAUUGGGUUUGUGGGAAUUCAACUACUUCUAUGCGGUGUACUUGGAGAUCUGUUGGAUGAAUCGAGCCUGCGCCUCAUUGGUCACUUGAAUGGCGACCAGAAUGUUCCCUCGUUUGCUCCUGCUGGUGCUCACCUCCCAGUGGACACUCCUCCACGCCAGGUCGGUGGCAGGAGAUUAUCGCACUCAGCAGGAUUACCCCGCCCAAAGCUUCAUGGACUUCCCUAGCGACCCAGUCGUAGCAGAGGAGUAUGUGUACGGUAGGGUUCCCGAUUACCAGGACAGUCCUUAUGAAUUUCCUUCCGAUCCAGUGUUGUUUGACACUCAAAGCAACACUCAGUUGGAUAUGCCCACAUUCACCAAGAAAACUGGCCCCUUCCAGUAUUCUGCUAUGCAGGGAAGCGAACAAAGGCCAAUAGAGAUGCCAGAGGAGUAUGACUCAUUCGCUUCCACGGAGAGUGACCCAACAUUCGACACAUUCAUAAACUCUCCUGAGGUUGUGGACGAUGCUUCCCUGAGAAGCUUUUCGGGCGACACUGUGUACGAGAAUGACGAGUCCGGCGAGCGACGCGGGUUUCACACCCAGUAUGAGUACGAGAAUGACGAGGUCUUCUUCAACACGUCCUCUGCGCGCACCAUUUACAGGGGGAUGGACAACAGUGAGUUGAGUCUUGCUGCUGUAGACAUGCUGAACGCCACCACCGCGGACGACACGCUCGCCUCGCUGGCCAAGGUCUUGGGCGGGUGUGGCACUGGCAACCCAAUAGACGACUGCUGGCGUUGCGACCUCAACUGGCGUAGCCAUCGUCAGGCGUUGGCUGGCUGCGUCACUGGAUUCGGACGAAACGCCGAGGGGGGUAAAAACGGGCCCAUCUACGUUGUCACGAGGAAGGAUGACGACGAUCCGGAAUAUCCAAGACCUGGAACCUUGCGCCAUGCAUUGUCGCGGAAUGGCCCUCUUUGGAUAACCUUCGCCAAAAGCAUGACAAUCAAGCUAAAGGGAGAACUCUGGGUGAACUCGUACAAGACCAUUGACGGUCGUGGCGCGGAUGUACACGUUGUAGGAGCGCAGAUCACCAUCCAGAACGCCAGCCACGUUAUCGUUCACGGCAUCCAUAUCCACGACAUUGAGGUUACAGGUCCUACGGCUAUCCGAGUAUCGCCCACCGGAGUGGUUCUUCGUGUCGAAUCUGACGGUGACGCCCUCCAUAUCUUAAAUUCGAAGCAUGUGUGGGUGGAUCACUGCUACCUGGCAAAGGCUUCUGACGGGCUGCUGGACGCUACUCGUGGAUCGACCAUGAUAACAGUGUCGAACUGCUUGUUCGAGAAUCACAACAAGGUGUUGCUGUUUGGAUCAAGCCCUACAUGGACAGCCGACAGGAACAUGAAGGCGACAGUGGCUUUUAACAAAUUUGGCAAAGGCCUCAUUCAAAGAAUGCCACGAUGCCGGUUUGGUGUGUUCCAUAUUUUGAACAACGAUUACUCGGAGGGGUGGGACAAGUAUGCGAUCGGGGGAAGCGAAAACCCUACUAUCCUCAGCGAAGGAAAUUAUUUUAGACCCACCCGGGAGAAAGAGGUGACAAAACGCAUCGAUGACAAUGGACCCACUUUCGGGAGCUGGGAGAACUGGAACUGGGUUUCCAGCGGCGACAUUUUCCUUGAUGGAUCAUACUUCACUGGCUCCGGAGCCGAGAUCACCGCUAGCGUCUACGCUGAUGCCUUCAGCACUUCGUCACGUCCUGGGCACCUGGUGCCCGCUUUCACAAAAAGUGCGGGACCCCUGAAAUCUGUGGCGACAUCCUGAUCUAACUAUUCUCAAGAAUUGUGUGGAAUAUAAAAUGGGAUAGCAUGCAUGCGCAUCGGGAUUCCUCAAACCGGCACGCAGAGGUUUGUCUAGUAGUAUCCCUUCAUGUGGACUGCAACCUCCUCACUGAAGCUUGCGAUUGAUUACCAGCUUGUGGGUGACGAGUUGGUAUUGAUUAGAUUUAAACCACAAUUUUUUUUUUUUUGAAAAAGAACAAAUUAACAUCAAGCUUUUGUUUUUUUGUCACUGACUUUUGGAGAUUAGAAUGUGCAGACCGCUUUUGUGAAGGUAUCUGAAGUUGUGUGUUGUGAUCGAGUACUUAAUAGUCGAUACGGUUUUAAGGAGUAUGAUGGAUCAACUUCUCAUUGGUGCGUACUAGUUUCAUUGCAUUACCUGCACGUUAGCGGGAGCAUCGUGGGUUUGGAAUUCCCUACUACAGUCCAAACAUCGCGGGUGAAUUAUCGAGUCUGUGGCUUUUGUCUAGUCUAGAAUCUCCAAGCAACCUCUCCCUGUGAGCGACGUAGUCGUUGCCUCGAUUGACGAGUUGAUAGUUCUCAUGUGUUACUCUUCAGAUUGGAUAGUGCAGCACCUGCUACAAUGUAGAUACUUUUUCGGAAGAACACACAUAUUCGGUGCUUGUGUACCUCGUUCCAGAUGUGUUGCGUGCCCCAUCUCUUGAAUCGACUGCAGCGAAACACUUGCAAAAACCAA